AUGACACUUGUUGAAAGUCAGUGUCUUCGAGAAGCCAAAAACUUGACUGAACAACUUAGCAAGGCGUACAAUAAGAGUUUCAGAAAAUUGUUUUCCUUUGGGGACUCAAACCAUUUGGCUAUUGAAUUACUCUAUGGGGACCUAUCAAUUGUCUCAAAGGAUAUUAAUGAUCAGCCAAUACAGCAGCUCUUUCUUCAUGAAGUCCUUGCAAACCUUAACUCCACCAUUGUGCUGGAAGGUGAAGCAGGAAGUAGAAAACCAGCAUUGCUCAGGAAAGUUGCUCUUCUUUGGGCCUCAGGCUGCUGCCCUAUUCUGAGCAGGUUUAAAUUUGUAUUUUAUCUCUCCCUGAAUUACGCAAGAUCAGAUCAGAGCAUGGCUGAUAUUUUAUGCAAUCAAACAGUAGGAUUUGUGGGACCAUUAACAGAAACAACUCUAAGAGAUGUAAUUCAGCCACUGAAAAAACAGGUCUUAUUUCUUCUAGAUGACUAUAGUGAGAUUAAUUCAGUGCCCCGUAUUGUAGAAGAACUUAUACAAAAGAACCAUCUCUAUCAGCAUUGUUUGAUUGUUGCUGUCCAUACUGACAGGAUGAGAAAUUUCAAGUAUGCGACCACCACUUCAAGCAUUGCAAAGUUUCCCCUGUCCAGCACUCUGUAUGUACUAAAUAAAUUGUACCCCUACAAAACUGACCUUGUGCAGCAGCUUAUCUUGCAGCUGGAGCUUAAAAAGUCUAUGCAGACCAUUCUAAAGACACCACUUCUUAUGGUGUCUCUUGCUGCGUAUUGGGUACAGCACCCAAUAUGUGGUGAGCUUGCCUUAACUGGUCUUUUUAAGACAUCCUUUGACUUCACUGAGUAUGAUCUGUUGGAAGCAGGAGUUGAUGGAGAUGAAGCUGUUAGCUGGGUUACUGCCCAAAGACUUAACCCAGUUUAUAAAUUCUUUCAUCACUUGUUCCAGGAGUUUCUUGCAGGGAGAAGACUGAGUGAGCUCCUGGUUUCUGAUGAAAAACUGGAGUGAGGGCUGCAGUACUUGCAGCAAACCAACACAUUUAGAAAAGUUACUGGGCGCUAUAAUUUUUUAUUGGUUUAUACUUGCAGCUUUUCUUCCAAAGCAGUCCCCCAAGUUAUAUCCCAUUUAUUUAAAUUGAUUGACUGCAAGGAGUCAUUGGAAAGACAGUCAGAAAAUUAUGAAAAUCUGCAGCACCAUUCAGACCUUCCAAGAAGAAUGUUAUUCAUGGACCAAUUAAGAUUACCCAGUAGCUUUCAGUUUGCAGUACAAGGAAGUGAACACAAACAAGAAUUUAAUAUGUCUGAAAUAGGUACUUGCUACUCUUCACUGGAGAUGACAACAAUUGACCGGGAUUACGCUCCUGCAUUUACACAUCUUAAUGACAUUGCACAAAAAGUGGAAGAAGAAGAAAAAGAAGUCAGCAACAUCAGUUCUUUUCAGGAAGCUGACCUCAGAAAUUUCAUUACACUGUUUUCCAUUUUGGAUUACAUUGAACUUCAUCUGAAUAACAGUCCUGGAUUUCUAGAAGCUAUCUGUCCAACUAUUGAACAGUACAAGGAACAUUUUAAAAAAAAUAAGAAUAUAGAAGAACAGAAGAAAACAACAGAAGAAUGGGAUCCUGCCAGGCAUACGCACAGUCUGCAAGCAGCAGAAGCCUCGGUGAAGGAUAGGCUGGCACGGAAGGGCAGGGAACUACUUUUUUCACAUUUGGACAAAUUAAUCUGCCUGGAGGAACUGUCUGUGAGUCUAUGUGAGAACUGCAAUGUAUUUGAUACAAUACCUGAUGGCUUCGAAAAUCUCUGUAAUAUGAAGAAAUCGUCUGUGAGCAGGACUAAGCUUGAAGACAGCUCUAGGCUGGUUGAAUUUAUUAAGAGCUUCCAAGACCGCCCUGUUUUUCACCUGAACUGCUCCAGCUACUUCAACUCUGAAUCCCUUCUGGCAGCAAUUUCUUCAUGCAAGAAAUUAACAGAGAUCAAGUUAACUGGGUCAUUUUUGACAGAUGGAGAUUUGCUUUCUUUAGCGUACAAUUUAGGUAUUCUUCUUAAACUGGGGGAGCUCAUCCUUCCUGGAGGGAAGGGAAUAAAGUCUGCAGGCAAACAGAUUGCUCAGCAGUGUCUACACCUGCUGCAACUCAGACACUUCUCAUUUAUACUAUAUCUGAAUGAUGACAGCCUGUUAGAAAUAGCAAAGGUUGCAAACUGUGGAGAUUUCCAGAAACUUGAAAAGCUCUCACUGUCAGCAAAUUGCAAUGUUACAGAAACUGGUUGGAGAAACUUCUUUAGAACGCUUAAUACCAUGCUUGCUUUAAAAGAGCUGGACAUUAGCUGUAUGUUCACCCACCAGAUCAAAGCCCGUGCGUCAACAGUGACGGCUUUUGUCCACCGUGUUUCUCGAUUGCCUGGUCUUAUGACAAUAGUAAUGAUGGGUUGGCUCCUUGACACAGAGGACCUUAAAAUGUUUGAUAUCAUGAAGGAGCAGCAUCCCCAGUCUAGUAGUUUAAAGUUAGCUUGGCAAUGGGUCUUGCCACUUUCACCAAUUUUUCAAGACUAG